UUCUCCCCUCCUCUCCUCCAUUUCCUCUCUCUCGGCCUCUCCCAACUCGUUUCUCUGACACACAGCUCGGAGCUCGCUACUGCCACUCCUGGGAAGGAGCUUGCCGCAGACUAGGCAAUGGCAGCAGCCUCCGUGUGGCUGCUGCAGCUCCCUCCCCCUGCUCUCCACAACUCCCUCUCCCACCCAAGCAACCAACCUUCCUCUGCAUGUCCUCCACUGCACAAGAAGCCAAGAGGAGAUCUUCUCUGCUGCGCUUCAUCGGGCGCCUCGUCUUCUGUGGUGGCCAAGGAGCAAGAGGAAGCAGUCGCUGCUCCUUCAGAAGAAGGAUAUGAGCCUGCACUCCUUAGCUACAAGGACGACCCCAACUUCAGGGGCUGUAGGGGCUGCGGCAGGGAAGAGCUUGAGAGGGGCUGCAAUGGUGAGGGGCGGAUCCAAGGGGGCAUAGCCGCCGUCCCGGGCUUCGGCUGGUGGCCGAUCAAGGCCUACCGCCCGUGCCCCGGCUUCGUCGCGUCAGGCGGCCGCUACCGGCGCCAGGGCCAAAGCAUGGAUGACGUUGCAUCCGGCAGGGGAAAGAAAGUCUCUCCAGCCAAGAAGAAUGACAAAUAAGAAAUCCAUCCCAAGGAAGUACCGCAGUGUUGACAAUGGAAGUAUGUGACUGAGGAGAUUUGGCUAUCUGCAUCAACUCUGAUAAUGUUUCGAAAUAGAACCCAAGAUGCAAUCUUGGAAAGUUCACCUAGGAAUUUGGAAGUUCUAAGUAUUCAGAAACAACAAUUUUGGUCCACAUUGACAAGACGCAUUAGUUCGGACUGGUUGUAGAGUGUAUUCUCCUGGGCUCCUGGAAAUCACAGCUUCACUUGAUUCCAAUUGUUAUAGCAAGAAGGCACUGAACAUCUAUCUGACUGUGCCCUAAUACCGUUGGAGCUGUAAUAUUGUCUUCAAAUGGAAUAGCUUCUUUACCUUGU